AUGCUUUUGAAAAUUAAAGCCUUGAACUCGUCCUCGGCCAACGUUGUUUGUAACGAUAAGUUCGCGAGUGUAGCUGCUGCUAAUGAAUCAGUGAGGAAAUCAGAAAAUCAACAAAGACGUAUUCAUCGUGUUUGUCUCCUUUAUGCUCAUAUUGCCGAAAGUGUGGAUACCUUGGACUACGAGCCGCCCCCGGUGCUGCCACCGCGGCGCCCGCCCUGGCCGUUUAACAGCCCGAGCAGCACCGCCUCAAGGUACAUCGGGCAGCACACCACCACAAUCGCCGCCACCACGUCCCCGUUGACACCUACGGCGGCUACGACGACUAUCACGUCGACGACGCCACUGACGACGACGCUUGUACCGGCGCUGUCCGCCUCCCAAGGCUCAACGACCUCCUCGUCUGCGCGAGUGUCGCCGCAGCCGCCACCCUUGACGCCGCCCCAGUAUCCUGCGCCUCCACGGCCCCCUAGUCGAAACGGUGGGGAUGAAGCGCGUGUCGCGAGGGCGAGAGGAAGCGGACGCGGAGCAUUACCGAGCCUCAUCCUCGCUAAUGGAACGCCCUUGUCGAGAGUGUCACCACCUCGCGCGGGCUGGGCAGUGCGGAUCAACGAGGCGAUACUUACUACCCCGAGUCAAUCAACUCAUUAUCAGCAGCAGCAACAGCAACAGCAGCACCAUCAGAACCAGCAGCAUACAUCGAGUCCAGGAUCACCGAGAGCCAUCGAACAAUGGGCUAGCGAGCGGGCAGCGUCGUCGGCUUUAUCGGUUCGUCGUUCCACAUCACCAUCCUCGCCAGAAACAGCAAGGAGACUGGGAACAGGAUCGUCGAGAAGGAUCCUCUCGUCGUCGAGUCGAGUUAGGCCGGGUGGCGCAAGCGGCGGCGGAGGAGGAGCAGGAAGUGGAAGUGGCGGAAGAGGAGCAGAAAGGGGCGCAGAGAUCGGUAACGGUAUCCAUUUCGCGAAUCACUGGCAGGAGGAAGAAGAGCUGGAGGCGAAGAAGAAGGAGGAGCACCGGAAGCGUUGCGUGGACGCAGCGGUGCGUUGCCAAGCCGAGCAUCUUGAACUGAGAGGUCGGCCGAUGUCGCAGAACAAUGCGAUCGCGCCGCUUUCGCGGCCGCCUUCUUCGCAGACGAACGCGAAUGCCGCAACCAACGGUCUCGACACCGCCAGCACAGUCAUCACCACCGACAACAUCGCCAGCACCAACUCCGACGACGGAGACGCGCGCUUCGUUCAACAACAGGGCGUCACCGGUGGUCGCGUGCACGAUCACAACCGACCGUUUCCGCCACCGAGAUUGCCCAGCGUGCACGUCGCGGCCGCCUCGACCACUACCGCGCCUCCCGCAGCCUCGUCGAAUCCGAGAGUAUUGGUCACCGCUCCGCUCAGUCCGCUUUCGAGCACCUUCCGGAGCAGACCGAGGAACGUCGACAUUUCGAACGAGACGAACGCCCGGGGGCUGUUGUCGAACGACACGCCACCGAGGAGUCCCAUAAGCGAGGUGAGCCUCACCGUGCCUCGACCGGAUGGAGAGAGGGCAAUCAACGAGUACGUCGAGGCGCCAUUCAAACAUUCGAACCAGGAGCGACGUGUCAUCGACGAUGAAAAUAAACGCGCGAUCGGUACUGAUUGCCCGAAAAUUGACCGAAGGCAUCGUCAGAAGGGUGUGACGGACGCGUCUGUCGCGGCGACGCAUCGGUUACACGCGAAUAGGACUCAAGCGUUUCGCGGAUUGAUCGCGAGCGGGACGAACACGGCCGCAUCCGCGGGCUCGAUCGCCGCGAACACCGCGACACCGAACGCCGUGACCAAGCAGCCGGUCUCGUUUACCAAGGAACCGGCCAACAGCCUCGCCUCUAGAACUUACGAUCCGGCCGGUUUGUCGAUAAUGUGCAAUUUCUGCGGUCGAUGUCGCUGCGAGUCUUGUCGGGAACCACCGCCAUUGCCGAGUAAAUGGUUGUGCGACAACAAAUGCCUCUGCUCCGCCGACACGAUCCUCGAUUACGCUUCUUGCUUGUGCUGUGUGAAAGGACUGUUUUAUCAUUGCGUGGACGGGAACGGCGGCAGUGGAAUCGACGGGGAGGCGGCCGGGAGCUGCGCGGACGAACCAUGCUCCUGCACGGGGAACAGGAGGGCCUCCAGGUGGGCUUGUCUCGGUGCCCUUACUCUCGUCAUGCCUUGCUUAUUGUGCUACUGGCCGUUCAAGGGCUGCGUUGCUUUGUGCGAAAUAUGUUACGCCCGGCACGCCGCUCAGGGAUGCAGAUGCAACCCGAACACGAUCGGGAACGCCGGGAAUAGGCAUCAUCCGAUCGCCAACGACAUCGGGGACUCGAGGGAUCCGGAGAAAAGGUUGCUCGACCCGGUUACACCGGAACUCUAAUAGUUGGGUAUUCCGACGCCGGUAAUACACGUGGUAUAUCGCGGUCUCUCGCGAACAGAGACGCCAAGGCUCUUCUAUGCACAGGAUUAUCGAGAGGGAGCAAAAUGAAAAAUUGCAUUAAGUACAAGAGUUGCAUUUAAGUCGAGAAACGAUAUCGAAGAUUCUGACGAAUUCGUACGUCUGACGUCGCGAGUGUUUUAUUUAUUAUUCUUCCAUGCGCGCGCGAAAGUGCGAAGCGAGCGAGAGAGUUUGAAAGAGCAAGAACGUGUACGAAUGGAAGAAUGCGAGUAUCGUGUAGUAGUGGUAGGAAGGAAAGAAGGUGAAGGAGGAGAAGGAGGAGAAGGAGGAUGGAAGAUGGGCGAAGGAUAGAAAGGAUUGACAAUGUACUACGUGAGCGUGCGUAUAAACGCAGAGACAUACCACUUACGUAUAGAUAGGUCUAUACAUGAUAGAAUAUAUAAAUAGUACGCGCACACACAGGGAGCAAAUGCGUGGGAGCGAACGUGACCAAGCGAAUGCGUGGUAACAGUAAGCGAGAGAAAGAAAAGAGAGAGAAAGCGUGAAAGUAAAUAGACGAACCACUAAAGUAUAUUGAACGCGAGCACGUGUACGCGCGUGUACACGCGUUCUUGCUGUUACUUCGCUCGAAACGCGUGUACACGCGUCUACGCCUAGGUUAUAGAUAUAUAUAUUGUAUAUUACAUUUGUAUAAAGAAGAAACUUUUCUACGGUUAAUUUAUUCGUGGCUGCAUCGCCAAGUAACACAUAAAGUUUCACAGUAGGAGCAUGACACGGAGUGAGAGGGUGAGAGAUGUUUGAUCAGCAGGCGGCGAAAGAAUUCGGAAGGCGUCCUGCCCGACUGGACUCGAUUAUUUUCUGAAACCGUGUGCCAGUCGCUUGCAUCUCGCGGUAAAAUACGUAUAUAAGAAUCGGAAAAGGAAGGAAUAAAGUUAUGAAGGGGAAGGAAAAGGGUGAGGGGGGUCGGAGAAGGGGAAGAGACGGAGAAAGAAAGCUCUGAAAAGAAGCAUUGUCCGCGUUUCCGAGCGUUUUCCUCCGCUCGGUACACGAUGUAUACGCUUUUAUACUCGUUAACACUGUUGUAUCGAGCGGCCCUGUCGAGCGUUAGAGAGCGGUAUGACACGAGAUCGAGAUAAUGCAAGCGUUCGGGCUGCGUGAGAGCGAGAGCGCUAUGUAAGUCUGUAAGAAUGAACGGUCGCAUCUAUAUGUGUAUCUGUGUGUAAGUGUUGGUGUACGUGUGUGUAUGUGCAUGUAUGUAUGCAUGUAUGCGUGUAUGGGUGUGCUUCAUAGGGACGACGAGAAUGCGGGCAGAUGGGAAAAGGACAAUUGCGUGGGGGCAUAAGUGUGAGGAGAAGAGAAGUACGGCACAGAACAGAACGAAUCAGGGAAGGGGGAGGAAAGAGCACAACACGCCUGAAAUCUCUUACGUACGUAUACGUAUUUAUAUAUAUAUAUAGGUUGUCGGGCGUCGUUUUCCAAUUCGUUAAUUCUCUUCCUUUUUUCCAGUAUUAUCUAGUCGUGCGAGUUUAAUUAAAUAUCGUUUCAUUAAGGUACGAGGUACAAAGCGAUACACACGUGGUGUAGUUGACAGACCGUUUCGCUCUUUCGGUGUUGCUCUGCUCUUCUAUAACGCGAGAGUGGAUUCGCGACUCGGAUCCUCUUUUUUUUUCUUCUUUCGCUUUUACGUACGCCGAUUUAACGUAUAUACACGGAUAAUCCUUUUCCUCGUUGGUUCGACUCUACUUCUCUGACCAAGAUUUUGAAAUAAUUAACGCCUUCGAGACUCUGGUGUUGUGGAGAGCCGAGCCGCCGCUGCAGCCUGGAGCGGCGUUUAAUUGCACGGUAACAGCGCUUCCCACGCGGACGGAAUUCACCGAACGAAGGUGUGUUAACUUUCCAUUCUUGCUCGAGCGGCUUGAUCGUCGAGGUAUGUCGACGUUCCACGGGACACCGUCAUCCUCACGACCACGAUCACGUUCGUUUCUUUUAUUGUCGAAACUGUCUAUACCGUUUUUCCAACAGAUACCACCGACACCACCGUUUUAUCCAUCUUUGGAGCGCAUCGAACGAAAUAUACGAGUAGUCCUUGCAUUUUUGGCACAUUUCGGAAAAGAUGAACAAACGAUCGAAGACGCGCGUACCGUUAACGCGUACAAAGUCCACAGCGAAAAGUAAUUGCUUGGAAGUUGAUAAAGCACGAGAGGGGGGUCGAAAGGUUGGAAAACGCGUCACGGGAAGAGCGAUUGCUCGGCGAAGCGGUUUUUCUUCCGAUUGCUCGUUCGGCUUCGUUCAUCGCGAAGAGGCAGCGAGAAACGGGAAGAAACUACGCGUCCACUCGUUUGCCACUGCGUUGACUUUCGAGAGUUGUCCGCGAAAGGACCUGUCGCGGAGUGAACGUGGCGGGAAACGAUCGAACGUCCAACAAAUCGCAAUAUCCCGCGCAAUCAAUCCCCUCUCGUAGGUUCGCCCUUCCAAGUCGAGGGAAUAGGAGAACGCAUGGUACAGGGAGAACGUUCCGCGGAUCGGCCGUAAUUGGAAACUUUUGGUGCGUUGAUCGUAUAGCCUUUCACGACUCGCGAAACCUUCGACGUACACUGAUUUGAUGUUGCGAGCAUAUUUGGUGCAAAUAAAAAAGAUACAACGAGACCAUUGGAAACCGUCGGGUUCUCGCAAGCAUUCGUCCAAAACGUUUGAAAACUUCCUUUUUUCUAUUCACCCUUUUAACGACGAGUAAUAUUUUUUAUUUGAUCUUCCGAACGGUACUUUAUAUACACGAGGAACGAAGCGGCUGGCUAAAAAAUGCUGAAAAAAAGGUGAACCGGACACGGGCAUAUUCGUUGAAAUACAAUUCGAAUGGUCGAGAUCGACUCUCGGGAACAUCGAGCCCUGGGGCAAAAAGGUAAAAGUGUUAAUCAAGAAGUACGUCGCGACGAUCCCAUUGAUGCGUUUUGUGCAUACCUAUGCGCGCGCCUGUAUGUAUAAAAUGUAUGGUUGCAUGUGUGUGCGCGCGUGUGUCUCGCGAAGCGAAAAGGAAAAAUGUAUGUUUUUAUUAAUAUUAACUAUAUAUGCUCUGUAUAUGUCUUGUAAAUAUUAUAUAUAUAUACACAUAUAUGCAUAUAUAUAUACACAUAUGAAUUAUAUAUAUAUACAAACAUGUAUAUAUACAUGUAUAUAUAUAUACAUAUAUAUUUAUGCAUUUCUGUUUAACAUAUUGGAAGCAGUAGUUUGAGGACAGCCAAAAUUGUUUCCGAUUAUUUCGAUUCUCCGAUUAAUUUAGAGAUUCGUCUAUCGUUCUUUGCAAUAUCAUUUGUCGGGUGCGCAGAGGUUAUCACACGAGUCGAGACAUCUGAUCGAUUCCUCCCUGUCUCUCUUACUUAACAUUUUCUCUUCCGUAUCAUUAAUCUUUGGUCUUUCUUUCGACGUUUGCCUCAUCGUACUUAUAAACAGCGACAGCUUUCGAAAUAUAUUUACAAUGGAAAUCCUUGCAAAAAUUCGAAGGAGAAUACUCAUCCACCCUUUGUAUUAUCGCAACGAUCAUCUUCUCGUUACUUCGGAUAAAAUAAUAAAUCGACGAAAUAAGAACGAAGAGAAAUAAAAUUCGUAACGUGUAUGUCUACUUUGUUUGAUGGAAAACGAUCGAGAGAAAGACAAGGAUACAGCCUGCCGCGAGAUCAGGAAAUCUGUCCAAAAUCGUUAGAAAGAAAAACAGAGAAAACAAAGGAAAAUAAAUAGAUGUAUCGGCGUAUCCAGGUUCGAUCAGUUUCUUCUACGGUGAAUAAGCUCUCGUCGCAUCAGUAUCGUUACCGUGUAGUCUCCUUGCGAAACCUGAUUCUUCGGGACAUUGUAAUCGCAAAGCGUUUAACAUCGACGUAACUACGAUAUAUGUCUUACUUACGCGGACGUACAAUAUUAAAAAAGAACAAUGUGGUGUAAAAAACGAAGAAACGUACCAAUUCGGUGUAUUAAUCCCCUCGCCCCCCCCCCUCCAUGGACGAUCGAUACAAAUUCGCCUCAAACUGAACAAUCUUUCUACCUUUGAUAAAUAAUAUAUCGCAAUGGCUAAUAAAACGGCACAAAGAAAAAAAAGAAAGAGAGAGAGAGAGAGAGAGAGAGAAACAAGAGAAUAGAAAAGAACGAAAAAUUCCAUUACUUCCGGUUGAUGCGAAUUCGUUACGUCCAUAGGAAUGCGUUGACGCACAUGUUGUUAUCUAAUUGUUAGUAGAUUCAGGUUUAUACCGGCAAUUGUUAAUAAAGUUAGUAAGCAAAUA